UCGAGUAUAGCUUCAGGGCUGGUACUCCAUCAGUGUUUGAUGCUGCCGAAUGAGUUGCUGGGGAACUUGGGCGCUGUGAAACUGCAGCUCCAAAGCUCUUCCGAUGGCAUCCUUCAGCUGUCCCAUCAACAUCGGGAAUGGCAACGCUCGGUGGAGUCCAUGCUGCACAGCAUUGAGCAGCAGGUGUUUCAUAUCUCGGUGGAGUCCAUGGCUGUGUCAGAGGUGGAAGUCACGGUAGCAGAGACGCCCCAAGAUUUGCACCACACUUCGCAUGGCAUCUUGGGGCCUAACAUAGGAGACGAUGGCGGCAAAUCUCUGCCGAGUUUCAGCUUGUCUCCGAAGAAAUUCUUCAGCACCCAACUGGAGCGCAGAGAGCGCUACAAGAAGGCGAAGCAUUUGCAUUCGAAGAAGAUUUCGGCACUACAUCCCCUCCUGCAGUCCCGGAAAGCGGUUCAGCAAUGCCCCGCCGGACCUUUACGAAAACUGCUGUCCGAGAUGCUGCAAUCAGAAGACCAGGACGCGCCAGCAAUGCUAUCUGUCACAAACAGGGUCAGAAGUUUCAGCGCCAGCAUCGCCGGCUCGACUUGGUUUGAGUAUGGAUCGGGGUUGGUGAUUUUCCUGAAUUUGAUUGCCAUCGGCUUUGAAGCUGAACUCUCAUUGGAAGCCGGCGACUAUGACACUGGAUUUUGGUUCCAUGGACUUGAGCGGCUCUUUCUCUGCAUCUAUUGCGCUGAAGCACUUUUCCGUGCCUUCAGUUUUGGUUGGCAGAUCUUAUGGGACCUUUGGUUCUUGAUCGACUUGGCCUUGAUCUUUGUGGGAAUUCUGGCCUUGGUGGUGAUUCCGAUGUCAGCCAGCAAAAUGACUGGCUUUGAGAAGCUCUUGUUGGUGCGAGGCUUACGCCUCCUUCGCCUCAUGAGAGUCUUGCGGAUGGUUCAUCACUUCAAAAUUAUUUGGCGCUUGGUUUCGGGUUUCUUAACGGCUUGGGAUACCAUCUUUGCGUCCGCAGCGCUGAUUUUGGUGACGCUCUUUAUCUUCGCCUGUAUCGCGAUUGAAUUCAUAGCCAAAGAUGGCGAGCUGAUUCGAAGUCCAAUUACACAGCCAGUGGUUGAGGAAUAUUUCAUGGGAGUGGGCCGAUCUAUGCUCACCUUAAUCCAGUUUGUAACACUGGAUGAACUGAGAAGUUUCUACUACCCAUUGAUCCUGGAGAGACCUUGGCUUUCAGUGUACUUCUUCUCUAUUUUGCUGGUCGUUUCCAUGGGAUUGCUGAAUCUGGUCACUGCAUGUUUGGUUGAAAAUGCCAUGGACAACGCUGCAGUCACUGCGGAGGAGGAGAGAUCCACGUUGAAACAGAAAGUUCGUGGAAAUGAAUAUUACUACAAUAUUUCGCGCACCUUGUAUGCUUUGCCGUCGCUGAUUGACAUCUUUCAAGAGCUUGACAGCGAUGGUAGUGGGUUGUUGACCCAUCAAGAGGUGGACAAUGUGCCUCUGGAGAUUCUACCACCACGAGUUUUGGAUUCCGUUUAUGUGGACAGUAUGCGUGACAUCUUUGACCUUUUGGAUGUGAAUGAAUGCGGCUUUCUUACCCAGAUGGAAUUUGUUGAAGGUAUUCUGAACUUGUGCUUGUUGGACAUGCCUGUGGCAACUAUGCAGAACCUAAAGUUGCUGAAGAUUAUUCAUGAUCAGCUGCUGCGUAUUGAGCACUCUGUCUCGAAGAAUGAUGAUCCCGUCAUUGAUUUUCAAGAAGCUGGUUUUGGCGUUUAGUGGCCCAGCUAGCUGUGAUGGCAGAAAGAUCUCACCCUCAUUGCGCACAAAACAGUGCCCAGUUUCCCCAUCAAGGCGGUUGCACAUCCCAACAGCCGAAUGCUUGGUAAAAAUGGCCAGCACAUCCAUCGGUUCAGUCCGGGCGGCCGGACUGGUGAGAGGUCCUACUCAAAGCAGGGCCGGAUGAGACAUCCCAAGUCUUUUUGAUCUACCUGGAGCUGCCAAAAGCCUAGGGAAUUCCAAUGAUUUAUGUGCUUUUCUGCAU